CUUCUACAGUGGAGACGGAGAAAGGCAAGGCAGGGAACGAGAGAAAGAAAGAGAGAGCGAGCAAGCAAGCGAGAGGGAGGGAGGAAAUGCAUUGUCUGCUCACAUAUGCCCGAGACGCGGCCCGGCCGGGAAGAGACAUUGGCUCGCUUGUGACAAUCUGACGCCGAACCGGAUCCGAUUAAGCGGACUUCAAGUAGAGCACAGUCAGCUGUGACCGUAUUAGUCUUUUCCAGCAGGUGAAGGCGAAGAAGUGACAAGUGUAGCCGAUCUGGGAUUUGUGUAAGCUGGGAUACACGACACUGCGAAGUGCGUCUGCAGCGUGAAUCUGACAGCGGAACGAACUCUGCAGCUGAGCGGAGCCGAUCCGUUCCGAGAGGAGGCAAACGCCAGAACCAAGUCACACCGGGAGAGCUCAGAUCAGCCAGACCAAUGCAGCUACUGAGGACCCCAUAACACCCUGUGGGAUUCUGUUUCCUUCUUGUGCUGGCGUCCAUCUGGGACAAUGUCAGUGCCGCAGACGCACAGUGAUAAUGAGCAGAGAUGGGGCUGUCUGAAGCCCUUAGGGCUGAGCACUCAUGAACUUGUCCUGGCUGAAGCCCUGCAAAUGGAGUAUGAUGCCUUGUCUCGUCUCAGACAGGACAAGGAUAGACCAGCACUGCAGAGGGGACUCUCAGGAUCUGACCCAACUCUAAAUCUGCAGUCUUGCCCACAAAAUUCUUCUUCAAGUCUUCUGAGAAAUAGCCAGGAAUCCCACCAAUUCACAAAGGAGCCUGUGUACAUUCUUAGUAAUUCCGUGAAGGAGACGGACAUGCUAUCAAAAAGCCUACCUACUCACAACCCACCUCCAGCUAUCCCUCCUCGGAUCCCUCUUCGGGACUCAGAUGAGCUCCCUUCCACUCAUCUCCAAAGAAGGUUAGUGCCACGUGAUGUUAACGUGUUCACGCCAGAGGCCGACCAGCCCAAACUAAGUGUGAGAACUGGUGACCUUUUACGGGAGUAUCAGGAUCUAAAUGACACGUUGGUGAAGCUUAAUAGCGGAAGUAGUGACACACAAUGUGACAGGAGGAGCAACAGAGAAACCUCAGGGAAGCCAGUGGCACGCAGCAAGACGCUUCCUCCUCAGAUACCCCCAAGAACUCUCCAACCUGGGCUCCGCAAGGAUAAGGACAACCGACGGGCCUCAGCGAAUCCGGUACCCUACCAACCAAGGCUUUCAGGCUUCGCUUAUGAGCUCUUUCAAGUGUCAGACGAAAGAGAUGAAGAGGUUGCAGCUUUCUGUCACAUGCUGGACAAAUUGCGCAGUGCCUACCCCUGCACAGACUUCUCCUCAAAUGCCGGCUUUGUCUGGAGUCCUGCCUUGACCAACCAAGAUCACACCUGCCAGCACAGCAGGAUUGUCAAGGUCACAGUUAACAAGGAAAAUCUGAGAGAGCCACUCACGUUCAACUGUGACAUCUCCUCGACUGUAGACCUCCUGAUUUACCAGACUCUGCUCUAUAUGAAUGAUGACCUGGACCAGAUCGAUGUGGAAUGCUACGUGCUCAAAGUGUGUGGUCUGGAAGAGUUCCUGCAGAAUCAUCAGAUGCUGGGCAGCCAUGAAUACGUCCAACAAUGUCAGAGGAAUGACCGGGAGAUUUUGUUGAAACUGAUGGAGCGAAAGGAUAUAUGCCGACAACUUGCUCGGAUGGAUGAAGAUGAUGCCACCUCCUCUACAAUGAACCAGAGUCUUCUGCUCCAAGAGCGCCCCAUCAAACAGAUUGUCACCAGAGAGGCCAUGAUCCUUCUACUUGAUACCUUUCAUACUGAAGGAGAGUCAUUUCUACUUGCUCAGCAUUCUGAUUUUGGCCACCGGGUUGAGCGUCUGGUACAGUCAGUGAAGGCUCUGUGCAGCACUCUCGCUUCAGUGGAGACACCUGAUAUCACAGAGGCCCUCAGCCUGUUACCAGCAUGUCCCUGUCGCCUGCAACCUCGUGUCCUUAAGGAUGUGGCAGUACUGGACCAGAUAGAGUACAGAGAGAGAGUGGUGGAGACUCUGACAGCAUCCAUCUUGGACCUGGUAGAGCUAUACUGCUGCACCUUUAAAGCCAAUUUCCACACCGCCAUGCAGGGGAGCCAGAGGGUGGCACCAACACAGGAGGUGCUGCACAUUGACAGCCCACUCAGUUUCAAUGUUUAUGCUGCACAUCGCAUCCCGAUAACCUGGGCCACAAGCUAUGAACAUUUCUACCUGUCCUGCUCCCUGAACCAUGGCGGGGUGGAGCUUGGUCCUUCCCAGCACACUAGCAAGCAGAGUGUGAGCAAGUACCUUUUUCACCUGGUUGUGUGGGAUCAGAGGGUCACAUUUCCCGUGCAGAUUAAUCGCCUUCCACGCGAGGCCCAGCUGACAGUAACUCUAUAUGCCACUCCUCUACCGCCUCCUGGGAGUACAGAUGAUAAAAGCAGACAGCGAAGCAAUGUGGAGGCCCUGGGAUGGGUGACAAUGCCCCUUUUCAACUUCCGACGUGUUCUAGCUUGUGGGAGAAAGCUUCUGGGCUUGUGGCCUUCAACCCCUGGAGAUGGAAAUGCCCGUUCCAGUACUCCUAACUUUAGCCAGCCAGACAGUGUCAUUUUGCAGGUGGAUUUCCCCACUUCCUCAUUUGAUGUGGUCUUCACAACUCCUCGGGCUGCUGACUAUAGUCCAAAGUAUGAGUUCAGUCACCUGGAUCAAGACAGCCAGAGACAACUGCAAGAGGUCCUACAUAAGAGCUCCUCUUUCUGGCUGACCCCGGAUAAUAGGAAGUUAAUGUGGGAGAAGCGAUAUUUCUGUUACACAGAGACCAGUUGCCUUCCUUUAGUGCUUGCUAGCGCUCCCAGCUGGGAAUGGGCCUGCCUUCCUGAUAUUUACGCCCUGCUGAAGCAGUGGACAUGCAUGAACCACCUGGAUGCACUAGGCCUGCUGCAUGCCAUAUUUCCUGAUCAGGAAGUACGCCACACAGCUGUCCGGUGGAUGGACUCCAUCUCAGACCCAGAGCUUCUUGACUUCCUGCCACAGUUGGUGCAGGCCCUAAAGUAUGAAUGUUAUCUUGAUAGUCCAUUAGUCAGAUUCCUGCUACGCAGAGCCAUCAGAGAUGUUCGUGUCGCACACUACCUUUUCUGGCUUCUGAAGGAUGCACUCCAGGACUCCCAGUUCACUGUGCGUUACCAGUACCUGCUGGCUGCCCUCCUCUGCUGCUCUGGACGAGGUUUACGAGAAGAAUUUGAUCGGCAGUGCUGGCUGGUCAACAUACUGGCCAAAGUUGCCCAGCGUGUCCGAGAGGCUUCCCCAUCCUCCCGGCAAGGUAUUCUACGUGAGGGUCUCAGUGAAGUGCAACACUUCUUCAAGGUCAACAGCAGUUGUCGCCUCCCUCUUAACCCAGGUCUGCUGGUAAAAGGCAUCCACAUCCAGGCUUGUUCCUAUUUCAAUUCUAAUGCAGUUCCACUUAAACUAUCAUUCCUGAAUGUGGACUCAUUAGGAGACAACAUUGAAGUCAUCUUCAAGUCAGGGGAUGACCUGCGACAGGACAUGCUAACACUACAAAUUAUACGUGUCAUGAACAAGAUCUGGCUGCAGGAAGGUCUGAACAUGAGGAUGGUCAACUUCCGAUGCUUCUCAACUGGUCGUGGUCGAGGGAUGGUGGAAAUGAUCCCAAAUGCUGAAACUUUGCGGAAGAUCCAAGUUGAGCAUGGAGUAACUGGGUCCUUCAAAGAUCGGCCACUGGCUGACUGGCUGCAGAAGCACAAUCCCAGUGAAGAUGAAUAUGAAAAGGCAGUGGAAAACUUCAUCUACUCUUGUGCUGGAUGCUGUGUGGCGACCUACAUCCUGGGCAUCUGUGACCGGCACAAUGACAACAUUAUGCUGAGGACCUCUGGCCACAUGUUCCAUAUUGAUUUUGGCAAGUUCUUGGGCCACGCUCAAAUGUUUGGCAAUAUUAAACGGGAUCGGGCACCUUUUGUCUUCACGUCUGACAUGGCGUAUGUGAUCAAUGGAGGAGACAAGCCAUCCAGUCGCUUUCACGACUUUGUAGACCUGUGCUGUGAAGCUUAUAAUCUGAUCCGCAAGCACACACAUCUUUUUCUCAACCUGCUGGGUCUGAUGCUGUCCUGUGGAAUUCCAGAACUUUCUGACCUGCAAGAUCUAAAGUAUGUUUAUGAUGCACUACGCCCUCAGGACUCUGAGGCUGAUGCCACCAUGUACUUCACCAGGCUGAUUGAAUCCAGUCUUGGCAGUGUAGCAACCAAGCUUAACUUUUUCAUCCAUAGUCUGGCACAGAUGAAAUUUGCUUCCACAGAAGAAAAGCCCUGCCUCUCCUUUGCGCCUCAGGGUCAUACAAUGAAGGUUGAUGGACUUAUCAAAAACUUGUUUGUGUGUGGACAUGUGAAGACUUCAAAUUCCAGCAAAGGAUAUAGCUACAUGAUCAAGGUGCAGCGUGAGGGUCAGCCACAGUCUGCAGUGGUCCAGAGAAGCUUUGAGGAGUUUCAUGAGUUGCACACCAAAUUGAGACUACUGUUCCCAUCAUCCAAACUACCUAGGUUUCCUAGCAGAUUUGUGUUUGGUCGAUCACGUGGUGAGGCAGUGGCAGACCGUAGGAAGGAUGAGUUGAAUGGAUAUGUGUGGCACUUGAUCCACACCACCCCUGAAGUGGCCCAGUGUGACCUCAUCUACACUUUCUUUCAUCCACUGCCACGGGAUGAGAGACCAGAGAAAUUAGUGAAUGUCACCCAGCCUAAAUCAGAUAUGACAUGGGCGCCCCCUGUAGGGCAGAUAUGUGGUGAGGUGAAGCUGUCCAUCUCCUACAAGACUGACAAGCUAUGCAUUAUGGUCAUGCAUAUUCGUGGAUUGCCACCGCUCCAGGAUGGGGCUGACCCAAAUCCUUACGUCAAACUUUACUUAUUGCCUGAUCCACAGAAAACCAGUAAAAGGAAGACUAAGGCUGCUCGUCGCACCAGAAAUCCAACAUACAAUGAAAUGCUUGUUUAUGAUGGCAUACCACGUGGAGACCUUGAGCAAAGAGUCAUCCAUCUCCGUGUGCUUAGCGAGGAGGGAUUUUGGGAGAAUCCUUUGCUUGGGGAGACCCGAAUUCCACUAAGUGAAUUUGACUCUAAUCAUCAGAAGGUGGACUGGUACCAGUUGAACAGUGGCAGCCAAGAUGUUACCCGAUAAGCCAUAGAAAAGAUGGGGCUUUUGGGGGGUGCAAAAUGAAGAAAUGGUGAUGUGCGUGUGUGACUAAAAGUGUAUGAAAUAGAGAACUAUAGAGUGUGAAGGAUGUCUUGGUGAAAUAGGGGAAUCAUUUGUAAGAUGGAAAGAUAUGAGAAUGUAUAUCCCCUCUGAGGGAGCAACUGUGUCUGCUCCCAUUCCAGAAUCACUUUCUCUUUCUGCACUGCAGAUCACAGACCACAUGAGUUCAGUAUUCUCAGUGGAGACAACAGGACUUGGGAGAGACUGUGAAGAAGAACCAACUAGGAGUCUAUGCAUGGCAGUAAAUGAGGCACAUCAGCUUAAAACCCUACUUGGGUUGCUUUGGCACUUGUACAGGGAUGUGCUAAGGAAAGGUUUUUCAAGAACAGCUGUACCCCACCCCCCACCGCCUUUUCUGUAUAUUAUGAGGCAGACUUGUUAUGUUUUUCCUUGUAACCUUGGAGGUGACAUCAAAUUUGCUCUGCUACUUCUGGAGCCAAGGUAAUCCAUGUUGCCAAAAAAAGCCUCAUGCAUAUCUUACCAUAAAAUUCUGGAUUAAAUUCUGUACUACUACACUAGAAGGCAGCCUGUCAACUCCUUCCUUCCUGUAUCCUUCAUGGUGUCAGAUGGCCUUGCUUAAUUCUAACCAGGUGAAGACGAAAUUGUGCUAAAGACCUUGGUGAAGGAGAGAAUAACUACUGAAUUCUUUUUUUGAAAAAUGGACAAAUACAGUAAUGACAUUUUAUAUCUGUGUGUCUGAGUGGCUAAAAAGAGCCAAGCAAGCAAUAUUUUCAUGUUUUUAUACAUGUCAUAUCAUUAAUGGUAUUAUUUUAUUUGAAGUCAUCUUUAGUCAACAGCAUGUUCUUAAAGCAUGGCACAUGCCCUAAUGGUUACUUAAAAAGCACAUUUUGGAGGAUAGUGUUCAAACAAAAAUGCGCUGAAGGUGUGGAUAGUUUGCUGAUACUGUAAGCAUUUUAAGGCAAAAUUCUACUGAUGCAUUAAUGUGUUUAUAAACUUCAUUGGUAUAUUUAUUUGUGGAGGAAUGUUUAACACUGUCUAGAAGCAUACAGUAUGGCUUAUUCUUCAAUUUAUUGGUCCUAUGUACACUUAAAAAUUAUUUAUGAACAUACAGACUCUAAAUUUUCCUAGAUUUAUAUAACUAAAUGUGUGGACUGUCCAUGAAGUUAUGCAUUUCUUGUGAACGUCCUGAUUGUUCAUAAAUUUGCUCUCUCAGUUUAUAGAACUCCUAAAUUUAUAAAUUGUCAAUGAAGACGGCGUACAUUUACAUAUUUCACAAAGCUGAAAACUGUGAAUGCAUGGACUACUCAUAACUUUUAAUUAUUGAUUUCAUAAAUUACUACCUGUGUAAGGACUAUACAAAUUUAAACUUAAAUCCAGAAUUUAGGAAUUGUUCAUAACUGUACAGACAGUUGUAAAUUUAGUUAUGCACAAUUAAUGAUAUUCCUGAAUUUAUUAACUUUUAAUGCAUGCAUAGACAAUUCAUAAACUUGCAAGUUUUCUGUGUUACUGAACAUUAUUAGUGUAUAAAUGUACAUCAUUUAUGAGUAUAUUAACUGUUCAUGAAUGUGGAAGCCAUUCAUACAUUUUUAUGCUCUUGUUUUACAGAUUUUCCAAGUUUAUGAAUUUUUGAAUUGUUGAGUCAGGACUAUUCAUCACUUAGCAGAGUCAGUUUUUCUGUUUUCUAAAUUUACAGACAGUCAAGAAAUGGGCUGUCUCUAAACAUAUGUGUUUCCUGAUUUUGUGACAUGAUGAAUAUAUAUUUGUAAAUUUAGAAUAAUAUUAUUUUACAGAAUUUUUUGGCAGUGAAUAAUAUAUAUAGUCCAUAAAUUUACAAAUGUCCUAUAAAUGUUGAAGUUUAGUGUGGCAUAUUUCUGCUGGCACAUUUACAGAUUUCCUCAGCUGAACCUUGUACUGUUUGUACAAUUGACACAAGUUGCCAGUGCUUAUGCAUUAUUUAAAAGUAUACAUGCCUUCCAUUAAUAUUCAGAUUAUGUGAGUUUAUUUGUUAAAUGUACAAAGUAAAUUAAAUUACAGAAUAUAUCAAAAUUAUUAAUUUAGAAACCACCCGUGUAUUUGAAGACAUUCUUCUUGAGAGCUUAUACUACUUUACAUGGUUUUACGUGGGAUAGCAAACUGAAUUUUCAGCUCAUUUGAAUUCUUAAGUUAUGGUGGAUUCAUCUGUUUAUGCAGUUUACAAAAGAAAAUGAAUUAUAUAGUCUCAAAUAACUUCUUUUGACAAUUUGUUCAUGGACCAAAUGUAGGAACUCUUUGAAGAUGUCAAGUGUCUAAAUGUAUGAGCCGUCUAUGCAUUCUGUAGUUGCCUGUAAAUCUGCCAUGUUUGUGAAUUCAUGGACGGUACCACCAGUCAGCUAUGUGCACCUUCACUGCAGAGAGGGUCUGUCAGCAGGUCAAGUACAGUUUGUUGAACACAUUAUUUUUCCUCAUAAUUAAGACAGUGUUGUGGUUUAUAAGCCAACAGUAUUUUUUAUUCCUUUUCAAGAAUACCUGGCUGGGCUUCUGUGCUUAUUCCUGUGGCCUGAAUUUGGAUUACCAGGGGGGAUGAUGGGCAGUGCCUCCUAUGGCUCAACAUGGUUUGAGUGUACCCUGAUGAAUUAAAGGAGCACUAAUUUGAUGCUCCAUAGGUCAGUCAUGUUGGCAUCAGGGGGAAAAAAAGUACUGGGGAACGGAACUGGAAUCUUAAUUUAAUUACCUUACGGGGCUUGUAAACUUCCAUACUGAAAACUGGUGCCAGCCUGUAGGAGAUGUGUGACCUUUCCUACUUCAUGUAGUUGUAAACAUUUUUAUGGUGCUCAGGCAUGGCUGGGUCUCAGUCAGAGUAAAUGUCUCUAUUGUUCUGCCUGCCUGAACUUGAGAUCUGGCUACUUUUAAGUGUAUGUUUAUGGUCUUUUAAUGGCCAUUAUGUGCCCAACAGCAGGCUUGGGUAAUUAGGUGGGGUAGAUGGCACAGGGUGGCCAUUGUGCUGUGUGCUAUCUGCAGCGGUGCCACCUUUCUGUCCCCUGGAGGCAGUGACCGUGUUGAGAUGCAUCAUUGACAGAUAAGCAGAUGCGUAGUGUCCUCUGGAAGACUGGCCCUAUGGGCUGUCAAGGAUAGAAUGGAAUAGAAUGUAAGUUCAAACUGAACAGGAUGUGUUGCAAAUGCAGCACUUAUUAUUCUUGUAGGAUUUUUAAAAAGCUCAAUGUUUGUAUGUAUCAUUGUGUGUAUGUGUGUCUAUUUGUAGAUUUGUUUGGUUAAUUAUGAAGUCCUUUUUUAAUUUUAUUUGCACUAAAUAAAAGGCAAUAAUUUAACAAAAAA